AACCCCACCUCUGUUGCUAAGGGGCGGCCCGGAAGUGACGCUUUGUUGACAGCACACCAGCAGCCACAGGCUCUCCAAGCGGUCGAAGCAGGAUCUGGGGUGGGGGGAGGGGCUGGGCCUGGAGCCAGCAGCCAGCGGCCCUCCGCGGCCUAAGGGCAAGAGAACGGCCUCUGUCUCCGGGCCUCUGGCCGCUGCAUUCCCUCCCUGCCCCGACCCGGACCCGGACCGAAUCCGAUCUCCUGUGGCUCUCUGGCAGCGGAUUCCCCAGGGCCGCAGCCUCGGUUUGCUGUGGCUCUGCCAAUGAUCUUGUGAGUGUUGGGAGUUCAUAGUUGCCCUAGAGUGGCCACCUGCCUUCUCCCAAUAUGGCAUCCGACACACCUGAGUCCCUGAUGGCCCUCUGCACUGACUUCUGUCUCCGGAAUCUUGAUUGCACCCUGGGCUACCUGCUGGACAAGGAUACCAUGCGGCUUCGUCCAGACAUCUUCUUGCCCAGUGAAAUCUGUGACCAGCUGGUCAAUGAGUAUGUGGAGAUGGUCAGUGCUGCCUGCACCUUUGAGCCCCAUGACACCUUCUUCAGCCUCUUCUCAGACCCCCGCAGCACUCGCCUCUCUCGGAUCCACCUCCGUGAGGACCUGGUACAGGACCAGGACCUGGAGGCCAUUCGAAAGCAGGACCUGGUGGAACUAUACCUGACCAACUGCGAGAAGCUAUCUGCCAAGAGCCUGCAGACGCUGCGGAGCUUCAGCCACAGUCUGGUGUCCUUGAGCCUCUUCGGCUGUGCCAACAUCUUCUAUGAGGAGGACAACCCAGGGGGCUGUGAGGACGAGUGUCUCGUCAACCCCACCUGCCAGGUGCUGGUUAAGGACUUCACCUUCGAAGGCUUCAGCCGCCUGCGCUUCCUCAACCUGGGCCGCAUGAUUGAUGGUGUCCCUGUGGAGUCGCUGCUCCGGCCACUCAACUCACUGGCUGCCUUGGACCUCUCAGGCAUCCAGACAAGCGAUGCUACCUUCCUAACACAGUGGAAAGACAGUCUGAUGUCCCUUGUGCUCUACAACAUGGACCUAUCAGAUGAGCACAUCCGUGUCAUCGCCCAGCUGCACAAGCUUCGCCACCUAGACAUCUCCCGAGACCGCCUCUCCAGCUACUACAAAUUCAAGCUGACACGGAAGGUGCUCAGCCUCUUGGUGCAGAAGCUGGGGAACCUGAUGUCCCUGGACAUCUCUGGCCACAUGAUCCUAGAGAACUGCAGCAUCUCCAAGAUGGAUGAGGAGGCAGGUCAGACUAGCAUUGAACCUUCCAAGAGCAGCAUCAUGCCUUUCCGGGCUCUGAAGAGGCCUCUGCAGUUCCUUGGGCUCUUUGAGACCUCCCUGUGUCGCCUCACACACAUUCCAGCCUACAAAGUAAGCGGUGAUAAAAAUGAAGAGCAGGUGCUGAAUGCCAUCGAGGCCUACACAGAGCACCGACCUGAGAUCACUUCCAGGGCCAUCAACUUGCUGUUUGACAUUGCACGCAUUGAACGCUGCAACCAGCUUCUGCGGGCCCUGAAGCUGGUCAUCACAGCCCUCAAGUGCCACAAGUAUGACAAGAACAUUCAGGUGACUGGCAGUGCUGCGCUCUUCUACCUGACCAAUUCCGAGUACCGCUCAGAGCAGAGUAUCAAGCUACGCCGGCAGGUCAUCCAGGUCGUUUUGAACGGCAUGGAAUCCUACCAGGAGGUGACGGUGCAGCGGAACUGCUGUCUGACCCUUUGCAACUUCAGCAUCCCCGAAGAGCUGGAGUUCCAGUACCGACGUGUGAAUGAACUUCUGCUUAGCAUCCUCAGCCCCACCCGGCAGGAUGAGUCAAUCCAGCGCAUUGCUGUGCACUUGUGUAAUGCCCUGGUCUGCCAGGUGGACAAUGACCACAAGGAGGCCGUGGGCAAGAUGGGCUUCGUUGUGACCAUGUUGAAGCUGAUCCAGAAGAAGCUGCUGGACAAGACGUGUGACCAGGUCAUGGAGUUCUCCUGGAGUGCCCUAUGGAACAUCACAGAUGAGACACCCGACAACUGCGAGAUGUUUCUCAACUUCAAUGGCAUGAAGCUUUUUCUCGACUGUCUCAAGGAGUUCCCAGAGAAGCAGGAGCUACACCGGAACAUGCUAGGACUCUUGGGGAAUGUGGCAGAGGUGAAGGAGCUGCGGCCUCAGCUGAUGACCUCCCAGUUCAUCAGCGUGUUCAGCAACCUGCUGGAAAGCAAGGCUGACGGCAUUGAGGUGUCUUACAAUGCCUGUGGUGUCCUGUCCCACAUCAUGUUCGAUGGGCCCGAGGCCUGGGGUGUCUGUGAACCCCAGAGGUCAGAGGUGGAGGAACGUAUGUGGGCGGCCAUCCAGAGCUGGGACAUCAACUCCCGAAGAAAUAUCAACUACAGGUUUGAGAUGGGAAGGUCCUUUGAACCGAUUCUCCGCCUCCUUCCUCAGGGCAUCUCUCCAGUCAGUCAGCACUGGGCCACAUGGGCCCUAUACAACCUUGUGUCUGUCUACCCUGACAAGUACUGCCCCCUGCUGAUCAAAGAAGGUGGGAUGCCCCUGCUGAGGAACUUGGUCAAGAUGCCCACUGCACGGCAGGAAACCAAGGAGAUGGCCCGCAAGGUGAUUGAUCACUGCAGUAACUAUAGAGAGGAGAACAUGGACACGUCCAGAUAGAGGCCUCCACCCAUGGCCACACAGCUCGGACCACAGGACGGGAGGAAGCGCUGGAGGCCCAGUGGGCAGGUCCCUUCCGGAGCCUCCCACAGGAAGAAGAGACCUUGAGGACUUUUGCACAGCCAACGCUUUUCCUUAAUGUUAGUGAUAUAUAUAUAUAUUAUAUAUUAUUUUUUUGGUUAGGAAGUGUGAA